AUGAUGGAAGUUUGUAAGGGAAGACUGCUGGGCAUCUCGGUGGCCGUGGCGCACGGCGUGUUCUCCGGCUCCCUAAACAUCCUGCUGAAGUUCCUCAUCAGCACCUACCACUUCUCCUACCUGACCCUGAUCCAGUUCCUGACCAGCAUCACGGCGGCCAUCACGCUGGAGAUUCUGCGCCGGACAGGAGUGGUGAACAUCCCGGCGCCCAGCUGGCGGCUGGUGCGCGUGUUCGCGGGAGUGUGCGCGCUCUCCACGCUGCAGUCCACGCUCACCCUGUGGUCACUGCGUGGGCUCAGCCUGCCCAUGUACGUGGUGUUUAAACGCUGUCUGCCCCUCGUUACUCUCGCGGUCGGAGUGUGCGUGCUGCGGGAUGGAGCUCCGUCUCCCGGGGUGAUCGUGGCUGUUCUCAUCACCACCGGAGGAGCCGCACUGGCCGGUGCAGGAGACCUCCAUGGCGACCCAUUUGGAUAUGUGACAGGCAUUUUAGCCGUCAUCAUCCACGCAUCGUACCUGGUGCUCAUCCAGAAGACCAGUGUGGACAGUGAGCACGGCCCACUGACCGCUCAGUACAUCAUUGCUCUGGUAGCCUCACCUGUGCUGCUCGUCUGCUCCUUAGUGAGCAUGGACGCCAUCAACAUGUGGACGUACGACGGCUGGAAGAACCCGUUCAUCACCGGCAUCUUCUGUGUCUGUGUUGUAAUCGGUUGUGCCAUGAACUUCACCACGCUGCACUGCACCUACAUCAACUCUGCCGUGACCACCAGCUUUGUGGGUGUUGUGAAGAGCAUAGCCACUAUUACAGUAGGCAUGCUGGCCUUCAGCGAUGUUGAGCCCACCACACUGUUCAUAGCUGGCGUGGUGGUCAACACUGUCGGCUCUAUCACCUACUGCAUAGUGAAGUUCUUCGAGGCCAAGAAGAAGCUUGCCUAUCAGGACAUGGAUGAGGCCGUGAAAGAUCAGGAGCCACCGGGAGAACCGUACGUGGAUCCUACAUCCAAAACCGACGGAGAUGUCGAGAAUUUCCCGAAUGAAAACCUGUCAGGCACGAUGGAAGACAGCGGCCUGGGUCCCGUUUCUGACAACAGAGUCACAGAGUCGAUAGAGUUACAAAAAUCUGUAACAGAAAGUGAAAAUGAAAAUCAGACUACGAAUAACUUUGGUGGCGUGUUGAGAUCAGUGCGCACCUUAAAAUUUCUUAAGAAAGGCACGUUACUGGACAACAUGGAGGUGCAAAGUCCUUGAUGACGGUUCAGCGAGCUGCAUGCCAGGUUAAAGCACUCUCACAGACUGACUGUGAACAAAUGGAAUGUUUGCUUUUUACUCACUCCUGUA